AGUAUAACACACGACAAACUGCUUAUAGAUAUUUUUUACCACUGCGGUUUGAUGAUGUUUUAGCUCAGAUUUCUGUGUGAAUUCUAAGGGAUUCAAUGGACUUUGACCCCUGAUUGGACUCUGUAAUUUAUGAAGGGGACAAAAAUGGGACGGAACAAGCAGGCGGUAAAUCACAGACCAACCCAUGACACAGAAAGAGAGUUUGGAGGAACUUUGGGUGCUGUUUGUAUUCCAGUUUUUCUCCCACUUACUGUGCUCUUCCUGAUUGGUGUAAGCCAAUCCCCUGAGGCCAGUGUAUUCCAAUGGCCCCCAAAGCUCCCCUCCACUGACCAGCUGUGGGACCCGCUGGCUCCAAUGCUUCUGCUUGGAUGGAUCGGACUGCAUGCCCUUCUCUAUUUCAUGCCGUUUGGGAAGGUCUCUGAAGGAUUGGCUCUGAGGGAUGGAACGCGUCUUAAAUAUCCCAUAAAUGGUUUUCACAGUCUGUGCGUCAGCGCCGUGCUGCUGAUGGUGUUGCUGGGGCUCAGGGCUCCUCUUGGAUUUCUCUUUGAGCUUCUCGUGCCUCUGGCGGUGUCUGCAAUAGCCGUGUCGUUCCUGUUCUCCAUCUACCUCUACGUCCGCUCAUUUUUGGUUCCCUCUCAUGCUCUAGCCCUGGGGGGAGACACAGGAAAUCCUCUUUAUGACUUCUUCAUUGGACGGGAGCUGAACCCACGGAUUGGAAACUUUGAUCUCAAAUAUUUCUGUGAACUCAGGCCUGGUCUGAUUGGUUGGGUGGUCAUAAACCUGGGAAUGCUGAUGAAAGAGGUGGAACUCCGAGGCUCUCCCUCCCUCUCCAUGAUCCUGGUGAACUGCUUCCAGCUGCUUUAUGUGGCAGAUGCUUUAUGGAAUGAGGAGGCUGUUCUGACCACCAUGGAUAUCGUGCAUGAUGGAUUUGGGUUCAUGCUAGUGUUUGGUGACCUGGCCUGGGUUCCCUUCACCUACAGCCUGCAGGCUUCCUUCCUGGUUGUUCACCCUCAGACCCUUUCUUUGCUCAAAGCUGCAGUUAUAGUAGCACUGAAUGGUGUUGGAUAUUACAUUUUCAGAAAAUCCAACUCGCAGAAGAACCAGUUCAGACGAGACCCAACUCACCCAAGCGUCUCAGGACUGGAGACCAUCGCCACAGCAACAGGGAAACGGCUGCUGGUGUCAGGCUGGUGGGGUCUCGUUCGUCAUCCCAAUUACCUCGGUGACCUCCUUAUGGCGCUGGCGUGGUCCCUGCCAUGUGGUUUCUCUCAUCUCUUGCCUUACUUCUAUGUGAUUUACUUCACCAUUCUGCUGAUUCACCGGGAGGCCCGGGAUGAGAGACAGUGCAAAGCCAAGUACGGCCUCGCGUGGGACACCUACUGUCGCCGGGUUCCCUACAGGAUCUUCCCGUACAUAUACUGAAAAGAAAAAUAUGUAGGAUUCAACAAAACGUGUGCAAAACGUUAGUUUACAUGAAUGAAAAACAUGUAAAACCAAUCUCUAUAUUUAUAUAUAUAUAAAUAUAUAUAUAUUUAAAAAAAAAUUUCAGUAUGAUUUUUUAAAACUUCCGUUCCUUUAUUGUAUGUAAAGUUGAUCAUCAAUAUACAUCUCCUUUUUUAUGUUGUUGAAAUAUUUUCUACUAAUAGAAUAAAGAUCCAUAAAGUGCCUUUUUUAGUAAAACCU